AUGCCGAAAAGAGAAACAGAGACUAAUUUUCUGGAAGAUGGAGGACCUCCGACAAUUCGGAGAUGCAUGAUGAUAGGUGGUGAAAGCCGAAAUGAAGCCACCAAGCUAAUUACCCUUCUUUCGACCAGGAGAACCCACAUCGGCACAUGGAAUGCUAGGACCAUGUACGAAACAGGCAAGAUGAAGCAGGUAGCUGCCGAGAUGAAAAAAAACAGGCCGAUUCAUACUGGGCAUCAGCAAAACCGGAUGGACACAAGCAGGACAGAGGAAACUGAUGACAAGAGAGCUGUUGCUGUACUCCGGACAGGAAGAGAGUGA